UGUCCCGAGGGCGCCUGCCGGCUGGCCGGUUUCGCUCACGGCUCACCAUGGCGGCCCGAGAUGCCGCUUCGGCCUGCAGCACCGAUGCUUUCGAGCUACGGCACCUGCACCUGGCGCUGCGCGUGGCCUUCGAGCCGCCGGGCCGCGGGCGCCUGCAGGGCUCGGUGCGCCUGGAGCUCGCCUGCCUGCGCGACGGUGUGGCCGAGCUCGUCCUGGACUCGCACUCCAGCGUGCAAGUGGAGAGUGCCGGGUUGGCGCCGCCGGGGAGCCGCUGCCUUGAGGACGGCCCGGAGCUCGGAGCGCUGCGCCCGCUGGCCUUCCAGAGCCGCCCGUUCGCCAGCUACGGCUCCGCGCUGCACGUCUCGCUGCCGGAGCCUCUGACGUGCGGGGACGUGCUGGUGCUGGAGAUCGCCUACCGGGCAGGCGGCGGCCCCGGGAUAUCCUGUCUGGAUACGUACCAAACAGCCCAGAAAGAGAGACCACUGCUUUACACAUCGGGCUUUCCUGUGCUGAACAGGUCCUUUUUUCCAGGCUUUCACACCCCAGCUGUCAAGAGCACCUAUUCGGCACGCAUUCAGGUCCCUGAUGGUUUCACCGCCGUGAUGAGUGCCAUUACCUGGGAGAAGCAGAAGGACAACACUUUCCUCUUCAAGAUGCCUCAUCCUAUCCCAUCUUACUUGGUUGCCUUGGUUGUUGGUGAUAUAGUUUCUGCUGAAGUGGGGCCCAGGAGCCGUGUAUGGGCUGAGCCAUGCCUGAUUGAGGCUGCUAAGAAAGAAUACAGCGGUGUGAUUGAAGAGUUUCUCACCACUGGAGAGAAGCUGUUCGGACCAUAUGUUUGGGAAAGAUAUGAUGUCCUAUUUAUGCCACCCUCAUUUCCUUUUGGGGGGAUGGAGAACCCCUGUAUCACCUUUGUCACUCCCUGUCUCUUGGCUGGAGAUCGUUCCUUGGCAGAUGUGAUCAUCCACGAGAUCUCCCAUAGCUGGUUUGGAAAUCUGGUCACCAACGCCCAUUGGGGAGAGUUCUGGCUGAACGAGGGCUUCACCAUGUAUGCACAGAGAAGGAUAACGACGGAAAUCUAUGGUGCUGCUUACACCUGCUUGGAAGCUGCUACGGGGAGGGCUUUGCUACGCCAACACAUGGACAACACGGGGGAAGACCAUCCUCUCAACAAGCUCAGAGUCAUAAUAGAACCAGGUGUUGAUCCUGAAGACACCUACAACGAGACCCCUUAUGAAAAGGGCUACUGCUUUGUCGCCUACCUUGCACACCUUGUGGGGAAUCAGAGCAAGUUUGAUGCUUUCCUUCAGGCUUAUGUGAACCAGUUCAAAUUUCAGAGCAUCACAGCCGAUGAUGCUCUGAAGUUUUACCUGCAGUAUUUCCCAGAGCUGAAGAAGAAAGGGGUGGAUACCAUUCCAGGCUUUGAGUUUGACCGGUGGCUGAACACACCUGGUUGGCCCCCAUACCUUCCUGACCUUUCGCCAGGGGAAAAGCUGAUGAAGCCGGCUGAGAAACUGGCAGAACUCUGGGCAUCCCCUGAUCACAACAUGGAGGCAAUUAAAGCCACGGAUAUCUCUGCUUGGAAAACCUUCCAGCUGGUCUAUUUCCUGGAUAAGGUCUUGGAGAAGUCCCCCUUGCCAGAUGGGAACAUUGAGAAGAUGAGCAGCUUGUACCCCAAGAUUUCCAGAGGGCAGAAUGCAGAGCUGCGCCUUCGGUGGUGCCAGAUUCUCCUCAAGAAUAAUCAUGAUGCCGAGUUUGACAAAGUGAAAGACUUCCUUCACAGCCAGGGAAAGCAGAAAUACACCCUUCCGAUCUACCGAGCCAUGGUGAGUGGUUCAGAGACUGCCCAAGCUCUGGCUGUGGAGACAUUCUCUGCCACAGCACCACAACUCCAUGUUCAUGUCCAGAACUAUGUCAAAAAGAUCUUGGGCUUGAAGACUGAAGCAAACUAACAGGAAAAAAACUACAAAGUCAAUGCCUGUUCUUUGAGCAUCAGCAAAUGUCUGUAUGGAGUGAGAAGCAGAGGAUGGAGGGCUUGUUGUCAAGCCCUAUUUCCGGGGUUCACCUGCGGGGGAAGAGAUGUCACGUUCUUUAGAGUCACAUUUUAAGAAGAGAUGUGACUCAAAGUCUUUAAGAAGACUUUUGAGUUAAAUGCUGGAUUUUUAAAAAACUUUCUGUGGCUUGUAUGAAGUGGCAUCAUAGACCACCUGCUAGUUAAUUUUUUGAAAAAAUACUUUUUAAAGUUUCUUACAAAGAAUUACAAGUUUUGUGUGUAUAAUUAUAUAUACACAGUUUUCUAUAUCAACAUAAGUUCCGGCAUUUGUAGAACAAUUGCAGAAGCAGAUACAUCAUUCCAAUAAAUAAUACACUUAGCAGUUGA